CCUUAACAAUUUUUUUUUUUAAAAAAGAUUCGUAGGUUACUGUUGAUUCUUUGGCAAUGGAAAUACGAUUACUACAAAAGCGACGACGAUUCUAUUCAACUCUACUCUUUGGAACCAUUGGCACUAUUUGUCUAUUAUGCAUGUCAACCUUCCUAUCUAAGCAACAUCAUGACACUAACUUGUACCAACAAAACAAUUAUGAGAAUAACAGCAAGUUCACUACAACAAGUAUAAAAGAGGAAUCAGGACAAUACCAUCAACAUCAAUUAUCGCCACACUCUGAUAAACAUACACAUUUUCGCGACACUUAUACACCUGAUCCGUUUGAUUUGAACAAGGCGAAUCUACCCAUCAUUAAUCGUUCGCGCCAUUAUUCAUAUCUGGUUAUCAUCGCAUCAAAAGCUUCACAUAUAUCUAGGCGUCGCCUUAUUCGACAGUCUUAUUUUGGCUUAGUAGACAACUUAGUACCUUGCAUGGAGUAUGAUACAGAUGUUAUGUACUUAUUCUGGAUUUAUGGUGAUCUACCUUCUCACUCAUCAGAAAAAUACAAAUAUGAAACGGAAAAGAUGGAAUGGGCCGACAUGGUGGAAAUGCCAAGGGGUGUUGAUUUUGAGCAACAAACUGUAUUAGAAUGGGUUGAAAAAGAUUUACGACAGCAGCAAAAUAUCACUUAUGAUUACCUUAUUCUACAAGAUAUUCAUACAUUCGUACGAUUAGAUGCUAUCAAAAAUGAGCUGGAUUCUCAAGUGAUUGGAAGCAAUACGUAUUCUCCUGUAGUACUUUAUACUGAAGCACCUUUAAAUGUCAUUUGGGGACCAAUGGUAGGGAAAAAUCAAGACAAGUUGGGACUAGUCAUUGGACAUGAUGCUGUAUUGAUUGCCUUGGCUAAUGCUCAGCAUUUGGUGGGACCUCAUUCCGGCCAAUUGACCACCGAUUUGAAACAGCACUUUGAUAUUGUUGGCGAUAUGCUGGAAGCUGCUAUUGAUAGUAUGUUGGAACCUGAAGCCUCUGCUGCUGAACAAGAACGAAUGACACCCUUAUUUAUUCAAGAUAAAGGUGAUUAUGGUACGACACGUCGCUUUAUAGAAUGGGAAAACAAUGUGGAAUCUGUAUCAGUAAUGGAGAAUGUGGCCAUCAGCAAUGUCUAUCAAGAUGAUGACUUUGUUGCUUUGACUUCUUGGACUCGAAUGCAAGUAACACCAGUAUGCUACGCAACAACAAAUGGAUAUCGACACUCUCACUUUAUUACUGACACUGAUGAUGAUGAAGAAAAGGACGAUGAUACUAUGAUUACCUAUGACGACAUUGAGAACAAUGCCCAAAUGAUUCAAGAGCUAUUAUAUGAACAACAGCAACGACUCUCCUCAACAACAACACAGCAACUAGAUGAUAAAAAACAUCGUAUUGUACAUCCAACGAUUGUUAUUGCAACCUCUUCUUUUGUGGAUAUGGAUGAAAAUAAGGUCAUCCAGGACAAUGAUGGGAAUGAUGAUGAUGGUCAAUGCCAGGAAAACUUUACAACUGCAAUACGUGCCGCAACAAACAAACGGAAUUAUGCCUUGAAACAUGGAUACGCCUUUGUAGCACGAUCAGCGGAAUUUGAUCAACAAUCAUUUGUGUCACAGCAACGACAUUUAUCAUGGGGAAAACUUGACAUUGUUGAAAAACUUUUACCAAAAUAUCAAUGGGUGGUGUGGAUGGAUAGGGAUAUGGUAGUGAUGAAUAACACUCGUUCGAUUCAUGAUCUUAUCUCAGAUUUGAUCGACGUAUAUAACAAACAGCAAAACCGACAUUUAAUGGAAACUACAUUCGAGAACGACAUUGAUCUAAUCAUUCUUACAUCGCCACAACCCACUAAUGCUCGUCUUUACUUAUUUCGGAGAUCACCGUGGUCAAUGCAAUUCUUACGACAUGUACAACUUUUAUCGGAUGAUCCCAGUGGUACUAAUAAUGAAUUGGAAAUGGAUGAUAUUAUGUUGAGACUGAUUCAACAACGACACGACUACCGAUCACGUACCUUGAUGUCACAACAACUUGAUGGAACCUCGCCAGUGCUCUCUUCUUCUUCCUUCACUCUGAUUAAAGACGCCUUUGUGGUCCAUUAUAGCGAAAAACAAUGUUUACUCUCGAAAGGUCUUGAUGCAGCAGCGGAUUGGAUUCAUUUAGAUUAGAUAAUUUGUAUCUCUUUUUUAUUUUGGUGUCUUCUUUAUGUACAUAUCUUGUUCCAGUAUUAUUUGCUAGUCUAGUCAUCCAUAUAUUCACUUCAAUAAAUAAUUAUUAUUUUUUGGAAAGGGAA